ACACCUCUCACAUCCGUGAUCUGUGCGAUUUGACAAGGACCUGACAGUCUUUAUAUAGAGAAGUUAACGUUUGAGAAAAGUUGCGGGGAAACUUCUCUGAAGAUAAUGUGAAGUUCAAUAUUCUGGACAAUAACGAUCCAUAAAGUAAGAUGGGGCAUCUUAAUAUCAGAACUGUCUGCAAAACAACAGUGCUUGUGCUCUUUGUCAUUCUUCAGGGGUUGAAUGCACAAAGCAGUGAUCAAGCCUCCACCACUACAUUGUCUCCACCAACUGUGUCUCCAACAUCAGCACCUUCAACAACCCCUGCCAAUGCAAGUUCUUCUACAACUGAGUCUCAAACAGCAGCACCUACAAAUUCUCCAUCAAAUGAGUCUCAGACAUCAACAGCACCUAUAACACCACCUGCCAAUUCAAGCUCUUCUGCAACUGAGUCAACAGUUUCAAACUCUCCAUCAAAUGACUCUCAAACAUCAACAGCUCCUUUAAGGCUAGAGCUGAGCUCUACAGGAAGGUGGGUGACUGGUGAGGAAGACCUGAUCUUCCUCCUCCUUCACUACUUCCAGUUCAUCAGAGAACUGGUGCCCUCACUGACUGCAGUUGUGACUGCAGUCUGCCAGGGCUUCAUGCUGAGGUAG